CUCCCAGUGCAGCUUGAUCGCAGCUCAAAAAUGUUGAAGCUACCCAGCCUAUUAGUUUUGGUUUGCAGCAUUGUUCUUGUUUUGCAUUCAUACCAAGCAACCUCACAUGAUGAACAUGAUGAAGUUGAGGAUCAGAUGGAGUUUAGUUAUGACGACGACAGUGAGAAGGGGCCAGCUAGAUGGGGAAAGAUACGCCACGAAUGGAGCAUGUGUAACAAUGGAUCGUUGCAGUCUCCGAUCGAUCUGUUAGAUGCCAGAGUUGAUGUAGUCUCAGAUUUAGGGACACUUCAGGAUAGCUACAGGGCUUGCAAUGCCACUCUUAAGAAUAGAGGCCAUGAUAUGAUGUUGAAAUGGCAAGCUGAUGCAGGAUACAUUCCAAUCAAUGGAACUCAGUAUACAGCCAGACAAUGCCACUGGCACUCACCUUCUGAACACACCAUCAAUGGCAAGCAGUUUGAUUUAGAGUUGCAUCUGGUUCAUGACAGUCCAAAUGCAAGCAUCGCUGUUAUCGGAAUCCUGUAUAAGAUUGGAAAACCAGACCCAUUUUUGACACAGAUGAUGGACCACUUGGAAGACUUAUCUGAUAGCAUUAACGAAGAGAAAGUGAUUGGUAUGGUUGAUCCAAAGCAAAUAAAAAUUGUCAGUACGAAGUACUACAGAUAUAUAGGCUCUCUUACAACUCCUCCUUGCACACAAGAUGUCCUAUGGACCCUUGUUGGAGAGGUGAGGACUGUCUCUAAAGAACAGGUCAAAUUCCUCCGCAAAGCUGUUCACGAUGAGUCAGAAACUAAUGCAAGACCAGUACAACCGAUAAACAGGCGCUCGGUGAAACUUUAUAAACCCAGUACACAGGAUCAGAAUUGAAUAUACCUAGAACUUUGUGCCUCAAGCAUCACAAUCUAUCAUUUAUCGCAAGGUUUGACACUAAAAGACGAAGGAUGCAUAGACUAGGCUAUCUAAACAAAUAAUGUUCAUUAGGAUUUCUCUAGCAGAUCUUUCUUUUUACACCCUUUUUAGCUUCUUUUUACAUCUUUUAUGUUACAUGCAAAAUUCAUAUUGAAAUACUGUAGAGAAUAAAGCAGAAAUAAUGAGAAUUACUAGAAAAUAUAAGAGUGGAGGGCCAUGUAUUAUGAUGAAUUAAUUAAUCAGGUUUAAGUGUUUGGCCCAGAAUAUAUUGAAUG